CUCACGUGACUGCGAGUCUUUCCUCAAAGUCGUUUAUAAAGUUGAAGGUGAAACAAAAAAUAACAAAAGAGUUAAAAUUAAUUUUUUGAUUUUCGUAUUUUUUUUUUCAAAUCUGCAGCGUUUAAUUUGAAAGGUGUUCACAGGAAGUGCCUGUUAGAAGCGUUAGCCGUUAGCUCUGAGUUCGUAACUGUUGGCCGCACUUAGCCGAGGUCCGGUCCAGGUUCGGACCAGGUUCCACCGGGUUCGGACAUGUCAGUGGACGUGGCUCAGGCUCCGCCCUCUCUGCUCGUGUGUGAACGGUCCAGUUUCGUGGAGCAGAACAACAGAGUGGGUUCUCACGUGGAACAACUACACUUCAACUACAAGGUGUCUUUGCUGCUGCCUGAAUGUAGCUCUGCCCCCUCUCACCUGGACUCUGUGUUAAAAAGUUUCAGCAGUUUCUACCUGAUCAGGAAGCUGCCCAUCUAUGAACUUCUGAAUAAAGACUUCCUGGAGUCGGCCGUGUACCAUGGAAGUGUGUACGGUCUCUCGUACAAGACCAGGAUUGAUGAAGACACCUGUGUUGCUUUGAUGCCAAACGGUCGUCUGUGUCUGUCCCUGGACAAACACUCGUUCCAGCUGUUGGGCUUUGAAGGGACUUGGUCCAGGUUUAGGCCAAAGGACAGACACAUCGUGUCUGUGGAUCUGACCGACAGCAGCAUGGCUCCUGGUGGGCGGGGCUACCUCAGACUCCUCACUGGUCUAAUGUCACGACUUCCUCUGUCCAUGGACUUCCUGCUGUCUCAUCACCCAGGGGGCGGAGCUUACUUGCAGCCCCUCCUCUCUCGCUAUGAUUGGUCGGAGCACAGACCUGAGAUGAUAAGUCAGGUUCUGCCUCACCUGUCUUGUCCAUCUGACCCAAAGUCAUGUGACGUGCAAAGCUUCCUGGAGUGGCUCGGAGCCGUGGACGCUGACAUCAGCAGUGAGAAUUCGUCCAGCAGCUUCCUGUCGUCCUUUGUGUGUCCUGAACCGAAGACGGUGCUGAGUCGAGCUCUGAGCGUGUCCAUCUGUGGACUGUUGCCUCCUCCCGACGUCCACCGCCUAAUCCAGGAAGUCAGGCGGUACCUGGAACAGACACGGCUUGAGACCUGGGCGUCGCUGACCGUACAUGGUUUUGCAGACAGUCCCGUGUCGUGGCGGGACAACGAGCAUGGACACCUGCGAGGAGGAGAGAACUUCUAUACCCUGCUGAUGUUCCAGGACCACGCCUACCACCUGUACCUCGCUACAGGUGCACAUGACACCUGUCCUCCAUGAUGAUGUCAUCAGCAGGUGUGGUUCUGUGGAUGAUAAAUCGUCAGAAAAUAAUCUGACGUUUUUGUACCAAAUAAAAGUGAAUCCUUGUAGAUUUGCGUGCUUUUAUUUUGAAGGUCAAAGAAACAUUAAAGGUCUUUAUUUACAUUUA